GUGAAACUCUUCCAAAAGACAUCAGCACGACUGUCCAUCAAAAUUCUAUCAGUGUUUAUUUUAACUAAGUUCAAGAAAUGUUUACCAAAACGUAUAAGAGUAUAAUUGGACAAUGUCAAGUUUGGUACCUGUUAUCCUGCUACUUUGUAACAGUAUCUGCUGAGGUUAAUACAUCUGUUGCAGUUAUUACAGCAGAUUGGUCGUACAGCGACUCCUCUGAAAACGGACCCAGCCACUGGCAUAAAACUUUUCCUGCUUGUGGAGGAAACAAUCAAUCUCCCAUUGAGAUAGAUGAUAAAAUCUCAACUGCUCCUGAAAGCCUCUGGAGACCCCUUAAGUUUCUUGGCUAUGAUAAUUUCCCAAAGAAAAUGCAAAUUAAAAUAAAUUAUGGCUCAGUUCAAGUAAGAGGAAACUGGCAUGCACAGCCGACAGUGAGGGGAGGCCCUCUCAACAAUGACUACCUGUUUCAUCAUCUCCAUUUUCACUGGGGACCAAAUGACAGAGAAGGCUCAGAACAUACACUCCAUGGCAAGAGAUAUCCAGUAGAACUUCACCUUGUCCACUUCAGAGGGAACUAUUGUCGCCUUUCUAAAGCUUUAUCUCACCCUGAUGGUCUAGCUGUAGUGGCUGUCUUUAUGGAGAUAAGUGAAGAUGACAAUGUUAAACUUCAAAAAUUUUUCAGGGAAGUUGUGGAAGUGUCUGGGCAUAAUUCCAGCAUCAGUAUUUCUCCCUUUCCUCUUAAUUUGUUGCUUCCAAAGAAAAUAAGAAGAUUUUACAGUUAUCAUGGAUCUCUCACAAUUCCACACUGUAAUGAGGCUGUUACCUGGAUAAUUCUGAAUGAUACUACAGAAAUUUCUCCAGAUCAAGUGGAGGUGUUCAGAGAACUUAAAUAUAGUGAUGGACAGCACAUUCUUCACAACUACAGACCUUUGCAGAAUCGCAAUGAAAGAAAGGUACACUCGUAUUAAAAGAAGUCUAUCAACAAGCAAAGGACUUUCUUUCUCAAGUGUACGGAAACUUGAGACAAAGCAGCAACAAAAUUGCUUCAUUUCACCAAUGAGGAGAUUCAGAUUCUAGUAAAUACAAAAAAAAAAUGUAAUUCUUUUUUCUUACUUUGGUGGUUCAUAGUACUUUCUUUUAGUAAUAUCUUUUAUCCACUUAUACUCGAAAUUGAAACUGCAUUGUAUCCUGUAUUAAAGUGUGCUAUUUCUCUCUAAAA